ACAUACCACAUAGUCACCUCGUGAACAUCAACAACAAACAUCUGCUCUUCAUCUCGAAGCAUCGUUCUUCUGACGCGGUCCGGAAUCCAAUGCACCUCUCAACGCAGUGACCUAUACCUUUGACAAAUUGGGUCCUGGCCAUCGGCCCUAAUCAAGUCCCUUAAUUGCAGGACCACUACGGACUCUUUUAUCUCAUAUUGCCCUCUUUUGGUCAACCGAGGAUAUGAAGAUCGAGCAUCUUGACGACGGACAUAGUGGAGAGUCAGAGGGAGAAGGAUCGAGGAGAGCAAAUGGCAGAGGACAUGAUGGAGAGGAUGGGCACCGGAAGAAAAGGACCAAGAGGUCAUCGGGCAAGGCGUGUGUAUAUUGUCGACGGAGUCAUAUGGUGUGCGAAGGAGGUAGGCCUUGUGAGAGAUGCAUCCGCAGAGAGAUUGCGCAUCUCUGUCGAGAUGUAUCUCCUCAAGCGCGAAGACCAUCCUCGCCUUCUCAAGAUCGGACUGUAUCCCCUCAGCAUCAACCUCCUGCUGAUACACCAUCGCAACAAAGUGAACCAGUCACAUCUCUACCAAACACACUCUACUCUGAUCCCAAUUUUCCUCCUGCAUGGCCUCUCCUACCAGAUACGGCCGGACCCGUCAGCUUUGGAACCCAGGCAAAUGGGAACACUGUAGAAAAGACGAGCAGUGGGCCCUACAGCGCUAGAAAUGAUGACAUGACAGAGUUUGGGGCCUUGACCAAAUUCAUGGGAGAUCUCGGGGCGCCUCAUGUACCUGGAGGAUUGCUCGACAUGCUGGCAUUCAUCUCUCGAGGCGGUAGUCUGAAUAAUAACAACACUUUCAGUGACGGAGCCUUGGAGGAGCCUAUCGAGACACCGCAAGUGGAGUCCGGACCAUCUACAGGCGUGACAUCACGUGAAACCUAUGCACCGUUCAACUUGCCUCGAUCGGAGCCGUUGUCGAGAUCAGGCAACAAUAGCGGGAAGGGCAAGGGCAAGGAGACGAAUACGCCUUUGGCUGGCAUAAGUAGAAUGGAGCGAUACUUCCUGGCCGCUGCAGAUCAACCAUCCGGUCCAAGAGCGUCUAGACUUGCUCAGGUCAUCAAGGCUAAAUACGACGCUGGGCUGCUAAAGCCGUAUGACUACAUCAAAGGAUACGAACGGAUGAACAAGUGGAUGGACUCUGGGCGUGCGGCACCUAAAGCGGACAGCGUGGCUGGCUCAGCGCCGAGCAGUCCGCAAAAGAAUGGAGGAUCGCGCAAUAGACCAUCCGUCACGCCCAUCCUGGGUCCAAAAUAUGGCAGCAGCAUAUCUGCUGAAUCCAGACGUCGUAUCUUGACCGCAUUGAAUGGUUUCAGACCAAAAUUCAGGCAAAUCGCUCAAACUCUGACGGAUGUUGAUCUUGUGUUUGUGGAAGAGGCAAUGGAGAGAUGGAUGCUGGAGUACGACAGGCUUUUCGCGUCGAUACACACACCUUCUUGCAUAUGGCGCCGGACAGGCGAGAUUCAGAAGGCCAAUCAAGAAUUUGCCAAUGUGACCGGCAUUCCAGCGAGCAUGUUCAGAGGCGGCCAGCUUUGCGUAUACGAGCUAAUGGAUGAGGAUUCUGCGGUACGGUACUGGGAAAGAUACGCGAAGAUUGCCUUUGAUUCGGGUCAACGAUCCCUUACCACCAGCUGUAUCCUCAAAAUUCCAGUGUCACUCACUCGGUCUCGUUGGGUUAGAUCCAGUGCGACUCCAUUAUCUCACAAUGGCAAGUUGGCAGCAUCGACCAAUGUAGACUUUGCUCUGCCUCAACCAAUGAUUAGCGAUCGGCCUGGUGGGGAUGUGGGGUCCGGGGUGGCAUCGGAUACGGGAAUUGAGGAUUACAGGUUGAUCAAGUGCUGUUUCAGCGUGACCAUCCGCCGCGAUGCCUGGGGUGUCCCUGUAGCCAUCAUGGGGCAAUGGAUCCCAAUAUGAAGUAUACAAUCCACACAGGCCACACAGUAUGAUACAUGCCCCAUCUACUGCUCAACCAGAUGUAUUCAGACAUGCAUUCAUUUGUCGUCCAG